AUGCCGUUCGAUCACCCACCAGCUCCGCCCUUCUACGCGUUGAAGGAAGACGACAAAGCUGCACUUGCAGUCGUCUCUGCCUUGGUAUUCCUCAUCUACGCCAUCAUCGGCAUCACACUCAAGCUCAUCAUCCGUCUCAACAUCACAUCUCUCAAAGCUCACGAUGUGCUCUUAUUGAUGUCUGUAGCUCUGCUAUUCGUGCAGACCACAUUCGUCAUCACGGCCUGUAACCACGGACUGGGUCGUCACCAGAAUGCUCUUCGCCCUACGGAACUCGAAGCUUUUUACAAGUCAUCUGAUCUAGCUAUUCUACGCAUCGUCCAUCUUCGCGACUGCCACAGCAGCCACAACCAAAUUGUCUUUGUGUCUGCUCAUACAGUCAAUCAAUAA